UGGGCCAGAAAGAGGAAGCGGAGAAAACAUCAACAAGCUUGCUGGGUUAGUGACAGUCAGAAACCACGCUUAGGUUCAAGCGGAUUUCUUUUUAAAACCGGCACGGACUAGUUGACAAAAUCCUGCCACAUCAAUCCCUGCUGUCGUCCGGGGGGCAAGAUGUCUGUGUUUGCGAAAUUGUUUGGGAGCGGUGGAAAAGGGGGGAAAUCUGCGAGUCCCCAAGAUGCUAUUCAGCGACUACGAGAGACUGAGGAAAUGUUGACGAAGAAACAGGAAUUUCUGGAGAAAAAGAUCGAGCAAGAGCUCAUGACGGCAAAGAAAAACGGGACGAAGAACAAAAGAGCUGCAUUACAGGCCUUGAAGCGUAAGAAACGAUAUGAGAAGCAGUUAGCUCAGAUCGAUGGCACCCUUUCUACCAUUGAGUUCCAGAGGGAGGCGCUAGAGAAUGCUAACACUAAUACAGAGGUCAUCAAGAAUAUGGGCUUCGCUGCGAAGGCCAUGAAGGCUGCUCAUGAUAACAUGGACAUUGACAAAGUGGAUGAACUCAUGCAGGACAUCACAGAACAGCAGGAGCUGGCCCAAGAAAUUUCAGACGCGAUCUCAAAGCCAGUCGAGUUUGGGGAAGAAUUCGAUGAGGAUGAGCUGCUGGCUGAACUGGAGGAGCUGGAGCAGGAAGAGCUGGACAAGAACCUUCUGGAGAUCGGAGGCACAGAGAAUGUACCAUUGCCCAAUGUGCCAUCCACAUCCUUACCAUCCAGACCCGCAAAGAAGAAGGAAGAAGAGGAUGAGGAUGACAUGAAAGAUCUGGAAGCAUGGGCUGCAAAUUAAUGCCUGUUCGGCUCUAGUAAAACCCAUACACACUACACACUCAAAUUCCUGUUACAAAAGGACCUGGAAGGGCUCCACAGUAUGUUAAAGUAUGACGUUUUAAUGUCUAAAAUAGCUUAAUAUAUAAACACACAUGAGGAAAAAAAACACUAAUGCUACCGCUUCAAAUCCAAACAUGUCUGCCAGGCUUAAAGUCAACACACUCCUCCGAGCUUUUGCUCGUUCUUUCUUGGUCUCAUCUGGACUGUUCCCACAAGACGGCUUGUUGUAAUGUGUUUUUGUGUGUGGCCCUCCAUUACCUGUGAAAGUUGUUAUAUAUUUUUUUACAUUUGCAUCACACAGAGCCCUCAGCUUGCAUCUUGUUCCGAGAAAACCAAGGAAACCCUUUGCACGCAAGGGAUGUACAAUAUUUGUUUCAAGUCUGUUGUUUUUGGAACAUGCGCUUUUAUUCGUUUAUUUUAGAGUGGAACCUGCGUUUUGUGUGCACUUAUUUCACUUUUUCCACUGUUGAUCAUGUAACUCCUGUUUGAUUCUGUGUAUAUCAAGCAUUUCAGAAUAUUGUUGGUGGGUGGAGUUUAGGGUCUUCCCAUGUACAAUAAUCUUAGUCCAGAAAGGAUGUCCUAUAUCAGCACUUAAGCUAAAUGAGUACAAGUCUUGGUCUCUCUUUUGGGCCUGAAGUGGGCAUGAAGGUGUUGUGAUCAUUAAGGAUAUGUUUUGUGAUAUCACAAUCCACCUCCUAAACAUACGUCAGUUUGAGUGGUGAGACUGUACAACUUCUACUGUACAUAGAAUCUCUCUUUAAUGGCAUGAUGGUUUACACAGUAUCCUGAAACAAUGGGAUGCCCAUUACACUCUUUCACUCCAGAAUUGUGUACUGUAUUUGAGAUAUUUUAGAAAUGCUGGUUUGUGACUAAAGGAAUAAGUGUUUAUAUCCAAGUUUUCUUGCCAAAAUGGUUUUUGAAAUGGGUGUUGUAUAAGGGAAAAACUGACAAGGUUGUAGAUUUGAGAUGUUUGUGUAAUUUUUUGUGUGCUGGUGAAGUGUGAAUGCAUUCAGAUAGAUUUGUAAAAGAAUAGGCAGCACAGAGAUGUAUAGCAUGCUUUGGUAACACUUUACAACGAUUCAUUUGUUAACGUUAGUUAACUAGUUAACAUGAGCGAACAAUGAACAACUGUAUUUGUAUUAACAAAUGCUGUAAAAACAAUAUUGUUCAUUGUUGGUUCUUGUUAGCUAUUGCAGUAACUAAUGUUUAUUGUGAGGUGUUACCCAUCAUGCUUUAUUUUACAGAGAGCACUAUUGUAAUGUUCUGGUACUACGUUUUUAUUCAUUUCCUCACUUCUGUUUAUCAAAGCGUGUUGUAUUGAAUAAUCAGAGGGGAAAUCAUUUCUUAACAUUUAACUUUUUAUUUAUGAGAAUAUGUCAUUUACAUUGUUUAUUGUUUGUUUGUAAAAAGGGCUGUCACCUUUUUGCACUGACCUAUGUUCUUCUCUCCCUUUUCAAUGUAUUCCUUCAACCUAC